AUGACUGACCCCUGGGUGACGGCAAAACAUGGAGAGUCUGAGGAUGAUCCAUCAAAGCUUUCCUUACAGUCUUUGGAGGAGAAGGAAACAGUCUUGCCCUGCCUCUAUGACCAGAGCGGAGUCAGUAUAGUUCAGGUUACCUGGCACAAGAUAAAGUCUGAUGGGACCAAUGAGCUAAUUAUCACUUCACACCGCACCGACGGCCAGACAGCUUUCGGGACAUGGGAUGGCCGUGUGCGCUUCAAAAGCAGUCAACCCACAGUGGACUGGACUCUGGUCAUCAUAAGCACCAAGGUCUCAGAUGAAGGCGAUUAUAUGUGUCUCAUCAGUACCUUCCCAACAGGGAAUUUUGAGAAAAAGAUGUCUGUCAUCGUCUGGACUACUCCAAUCACUGACCUGGUUCUUCACAAUGUAAAAGAGGGUGACCCCUACAAGCAAGUGGCCUCCUGUCGCUCCUUCGCGCGCCCACCGCCUCGGCUCUCUUGGGACACGGAGCUUAAUGGUCGGUCUGUAAACCACACCUCUGAAAGCUGCCAAAUCUCCAUAAACUACUACCUGCACCCUGUGAGGGGUAUGAAUGGAAAGAAGCUGGACUGCUUGGUGUGGCAUCCAGCUUUUUCUGAGCCACGCAGGUUGAAAAGUGCUCUGGUGGUGCAUUCUGUUUUCACAGAGCCGGAGAUCUGUUAUGUGCCCCAGAUGUGUUACGUGCUGCUUGGCAUUCUUUUCCUGUACGGCAUCAUCCUGACUGCGCUCUACUGCAGAGUCAAGAUCCACAAUUCCAGAGAGGCCAGGGAACGCAAAGGAAAGUCACAGCAGACUGUCGAAGAGGGCAUAUAUAUGGGUCUGACUCCUCAUGCACAAGACACAUACGAAACCAUCAGCAUUAAGAAGUGAUCCCAUUUGGUUGCAAUCUUCUGUCUUUUCUUCUUAUUUAAGCAUAACACAUCAUACUCAGCUUUUUUUUUUACAUCAGUGUCCAGUUCCCCAUUUUGCUUUUGUUGAAUUGAGUACAAACUGAGGAGGAAGAGACAGAAAAGAGAAGUGAAGCCCAGCAUGGGCAGCUCUCAGAAAGGCUCUUUAUCAGUGCUGUAUGAGAAACUCUUCCUGUUCUGAUGCACAUAUACACAUUUUUAUCUUGAUAACUUCUCUCAUGCAGAUAAAUUUAAAUGUUUGUGUAUAAAGAGGCUGCAAAAACAUCUUAUUGCAUUAGUAGAUUGUACAUUUUAGAUAUUUUUGAGCUAAACAUGCUAUCUAACACCUGAUGAAAAGCUUCAUUCUUAUAUUUUUUAUAUAACUUUGACAGGCUUUGUUCCUUUUUUGUUCUAAUUUUUGCUCUCAUGGUUUUAAUUUUUGCACAACAUAAUUUAGGAGGGAGAUGGCCCAUAGGAAAGGCUAUUGGAGGAGAAAAAUCUGACAUCCUUCAGCGUCACCAUUAUUGAGCAGUAUUUCCCUCACACCACUGGAUGGCAGUGAUCGCCUCUCCUUCUCCUGUCUAAAGUUGUUACUUAUAUGUACCAUAUUUGUUUUGUAUGCAUAUUGACAUUAAAAAA